CGUAGCUCCCGCACCAUCUGUGCUGGGCAUACGCCAUGGAGCUGCCUGAGGGACGCUUCAACGAACGUUUGAAAGCACCCUGUGCAGCCGCGCAGUUGCCAUUGAUCAGCCGCUCAUUGUCGGACUUUUGCCAAGCAAGCUCUCCGACACGGAAGAGAAGUGUUCCGAAGACGCGCGGGGAAUGGGUGGGUGGUGCGCAACGCUGGCGGUUUCGUCCCAAGGAGGAACCAGAAAGAACACUGGGAGAUGAGCCAAAGACUUGUCCCAGGGCCAUGCACCCACUGACCGCCUCACGUUGGGACGCCCCUGCGCGCAGCGCUGAAGACUUGGAGCUGAAGAAGUAUGGCUAUCAUCGCAACAUCCCACGCACCCGAGGCGGUGCCCAAUCCCAAUCGCGGCUCUCGCUCCUGGUGCCACCCGAACACCGUGCCAAUGGUGAAAGCUUUGACCUUCCACAGGUGAAACGUGCCUUGGCUGCCGAUGGCCGUGAGGCACGGCGAAAGGUGAAGUUGGAGACCUUCGGCCACAUCCGAGUGCUGCGCUAUGAGGAACCCACCUGUGGGCGUUUGGUGGUGCAACGCUGGCGUCCUGGCUAUGUGGACUUGAAGGCCCCAAUGCCCAAAGAAAGCGAAGCCACCAGCACCUGGCAGGGAGGAUUGCGGAACAACGUCUGUGACAACCUGGUGACCUUCUCGGGCGUCUUUUGAGGUUUCUCAGCAGAGCUGAGAGGUUUGGUGCAACGAUGUGAAGGAUGCCAUGAUAUCAUGAUUGGUUGGGGCUUUGUAUUUGCACUCCUAUAU